AUGGCGCGGACCGCGGUGAGUAACUGGGCCUCUUUGUCUCCGCGUUCCUUCUCUCUUUUUUCUGCUCUUUUGUGUUCAGUCACUCCUGUGGUCUAUCCAUUAGAUUUGAACACCAAGCUGUCUGCUGAUUCUGGUGAUUUACUGCCUGCUCUUGAGUCCUUUAGAAGUCUGGUUGGGAAAUUGCUUUUCCUCACUCAUACCAGACCUGAUAUCCAUUUUGUUGUUCAACAUUUAAGUCAGUUUCUAAAGUCUCCCAGGGUCCCUCACAUUACUGAUGCUUUACAUGUAUUGAGAUAUCUCAAAGGUACUAUGGAUCUGGGUUUGUUUUGCUCAGAUUCCAAUGAUUUCUCUAUUACUGCUUUCUUAGAUAGUGAUUGGGCAGCUUGCCCUGACACUAGGAGGUCUAUCACUGGGUUUUGCAUUUUUCUAAGGGACAGUCUGGUUAGUUGGAAGUCCAAGAAACAGCCCAUUGUUUCUCUUUCUUCAGCUGAAGCUGAAUACAUGGCUUUAAGCAAAGUGGUUGCUGAGUUAACUUGGUUUUCUAGGUUGUUACAUGAUUUUGUUGUUCCUGUUAUGCUUCUUUUUUCUGUUUUUUUGUGA